UUCAUUUUGCGGAACUAUAACUAUCCAUACCACGUGUCUAUUUCUGGUUAGUCCAUAAGAUUGAUUUAUAUUUACGAGCGUAUCAGAAAAGGCCCACAAGGACUCAUUAAAGAAGAAAGGCCAAUAAAAGGCUUCAUUCUUUCUGGGCCAUCGGACUAUGAUCUUGCUAACUUACGCUGGAGGUAAUAUCGUGCACGCGAAGAAGAGGCCAGAAGAGAAGUUAAAUCAGGACUGGCGUAUUUUAGCCGUCCGCCAUUUCCAUCGCUCUCUCUCGUUUCUUCUCUGCUCAUUUACUAUAACCAACAAGGUCUCUUCUCUUCUCUUCUCCUCUCUGCAUCAUUUUGAUCCGAUUCGAUGGCUGCUCCACCUGCUAGAGCUAGAGCCGAUUAUGAUUAUCUCAUUAAGCUUCUUCUCAUCGGUGAUAGCGGUGUUGGUAAAAGUUGUUUGCUUCUAAGGUUCUCUGAUGGCUCUUUCACCACUAGCUUCAUCACUACCAUUGGUAUUGAUUUUAAGAUAAGAACUAUUGAGCUUGAUGGCAAACGUAUCAAGCUUCAGAUUUGGGACACUGCUGGUCAAGAACGUUUUCGAACCAUCACCACUGCUUAUUACCGCGGGGCAAUGGGGAUUUUACUGGUGUAUGAUGUCACAGACGAGUCAUCCUUCAACAACAUUAGAAACUGGAUUCGUAAUAUUGAACAGCACGCUUCAGAUAAUGUCAACAAAAUCUUGGUAGGAAACAAAGCUGAUAUGGACGAGAGCAAGAGGGCUGUGCCAAAAUCAAAGGGUCAAGCACUUGCUGACGAAUAUGGAAUCAAGUUCUUUGAAACAAGUGCCAAAACUAAUCUGAAUGUGGAAGAAGUUUUCUUCUCCAUAGCAAAGGACAUAAAGCAGAGACUCGCUGAUACUGACUCUAGAGCAGAGCCUGCAACGAUCAAGAUCAGCCAAACAGACCAGGCUGCUGGAGCCGGACAGGCCACACAGAAGUCUGCAUGCUGUGGAAGUUAAUCAGUCCCAAAAGGCUCCAAAGUUGAAGUGAAGUGAAAAACAGAUUUAUCUUGGGGUGCUUUUGUAUUUUUUUUUCUUUUGAUUAUUUGUUCUUAUUUGACUUCUUCUAGUUUGUUCAUGAGGGUAAUAGAAUCUUUUAAGAAAUUUUUCCUUCUCAGACAGAUUCGAUGUCACAGAAGCUGAAUCUGUGACUGAAUUGUUAAUCUUUUACGCAUAACUCUUCAAGUCUCUUCUU